CCUCCCCUCCCCCUUUCCCCGCUAGCCAACAUCCACCACCAACCACUCUGCCUAGCUACACUCCAUGGAUGACCUCGUGAGCGAGUGACAUGCGAGCCUGCCUCAUACCAGCAUUUAUCCAGUCCCAGAGAGAGUAAUCUUGUUCGAUUCCUUCUUGUGUUGGGUUGGGUUGGGUCUUGUGAGUGUGUGUCCAUGGCGCAGCCGGCGGAGGUGCGACCGGAGGCUGCUGCGGGCGGUGUUGGAUGCCGGGUGCCAGCGGGGCCAGCUGGCCACGGCGGCCUGCCCAUCGGGUUCCGCUUCCGGCCCACCGACGAGGAGCUCGUGCUGCACUACCUCCGCCGCAAGGCCUUCGCCUGCCCCCUCCCCGCCGACAUCAUCCCCGUCGCCGACCUCGCGCGCAUCCACCCGUCCGACCUCCCAGGCGACGCCGACGGCGAGCGGUUCUUCUUCCACCUGCCGGCGACGCGGUGCUGGCGGAAGGGCGGCGGGUCGGGCAGGGCGGGCGGCGCCGGCGGCGUGUGGAGGGCGUCCGGGAAGGAGACCCUGGUGCUCGCGCCCCGCUGCGGCCGGCCCGUCGGCGCCAGGCGGACGCUCGUCUUCUGCGCCCGCGGCGGCCGCGCGCGCACCGCUUGGACCAUGCACGAGUACCGCCUCCUCCCCGCCGCCCUCGGCGCCUGGGCCGCGGCCGCCGCGGCCAAGCCCAAGGACUGGGUGGUCUGUCGCGUUUUCAAGAAGGGCACGCCGGCUCGGCGCGGCGGCACGGGGCGGCGGCAGAGGGGCGAUGAUGGCAUGGCGGCGCCGUCACCGGCGUCCUCCUGCGUCACCGAGGCGCGCGGCGAGGAGGAGGUGGAGGGCGACGAAGAGAUCGCUAGCUUCUAGUAACGGCUGUCCGUGACGGGAGGAGGAUGAUGAUUAGAGGAGGAGCUGACUUUUGAUCAAUCAUGGUCCCUGUAAUUUUCUAAUGAGUUGUCCCGUUAAUUCGUCGCUCCGCACCGCUAAUGUGGUGCUAGUACCCUAGUUUCUAGUAGUGGUUGAUCAUUAUCAGUUCGAACCCCAUCAAUCAAGAGAAUCAAAUCAAA